UUACCACCACAUUACUAUUCUUCUUCCCCCGCGUUUAGUCGCGUGACUGAUUGUUUCGGAACUUCGGAACAAACGACGAUGUGCUUUUAUUUCACGGGCGGCUCAUUGGUAACAUGAUGAAUGUUGUCUUUUCAGUUAAGCUGGGUCGAUAUUUAGUUCCCAGACACGCCGAGUUUGAUUUUUGAAUCGUUGCACUUCCUUUGCCUCCCGACACGUCACUGGAGCCAGUUGGAUGGAAAGAGUGAAAAAAUAUUAAGGAACGAAAUGGAGAUUUACCAUUAGAAUCAAUUGUGCCAGAGAGGCAGGGAAGCAAUCUAAGGACCUGUUGCAUCUAUGAGUCAUUGCUUGUGAGAUUCUGAGAGGUCUCAGGAUGGAGGAGCAACCGAGCUGCCCCAAUGUCAGCAUUCCCUGCUCCGAUGAGCAGAGAGACAAGAAGAAACGCUAUACUGUUUACAAAGUACUUGUCAGUGUUGGAAGACAUGAGUGGUUUGUGUUCCGGAGAUAUGCGGAAUUCGACAGACUGUACAACACGUUAAAAAAACAGUUUCCUGCUCUGAAUUUGAAGAUUCCUGCUAAGAGAAUAUUUGGAGACAACUUUGACCCAGAUUUCAUAACACAAAGAAGAGUGGGGUUACAUGAGUUUAUUCAGAAGAUUGUGUCCCAUCCACAGCUCUCCAAAUAUCCGGAUGUCAAAGAAUUUCUGCAGAUGGACAAAUCUAAAAACUUCUCUGAUGCUUCAGAGGAUGAAGAUGAUAAGAGUAGCUCUACCUCUAGUAAUAUAAACCUAGGGCCAUCUGGAAAUCCACUUGCAAAGCCCACUGACUUUGACUUUCUUAAAGUCAUAGGAAAGGGAAGCUUUGGGAAGGUUCUUCUUGCAAAGAGGAAACGUGAUGGGAAGUGUUACGCCAUCAAAGUCUUGCAAAAAAAGGCCAUUUUAAACAGGAGAGAGCAAAAGCACAUUAUGGCUGAACGUAAUGUGUUGCUAAAGAAUGUUAAACAUCCCUUCCUGGUUGGACUGCACUAUUCCUUUCAGACAACAGACAAGUUAUACUUUGUCCUGGAUUUUGUCAAUGGUGGAGAACUUUUCUUUCACCUCCAAAAAGAGCGGACCUUUCCUGAACCCAGAGCGAAGUUUUACAUUGCUGAGAUGGCAACUGCUCUGGGUUACUUACACUGUCUUAACAUUGUUUACAGGGAUUUGAAACCAGAAAAUAUCCUGCUGGACUCUCAAGGACAUAUAGUCUUGACUGACUUUGGACUGUGUAAGGAGGGCAUCUCCCAAGCAGACACAACGACCACAUUUUGUGGGACACCUGAGUAUCUAGCUCCAGAGGUACUCAGGAAACAACCCUAUGAUAACACUGUGGACUGGUGGUGUCUCGGUUCUGUGCUGUAUGAAAUGCUUUAUGGGUUGCCUCCAUUCUACAGCAGGGACACACAGGAGAUGUAUAACAACAUUCUUCACAGAGAACUUGUCAUGCGCCCCGGGGCAUCCACGGCUGCCUGGUCCAUCCUUCAGGCCCUGCUGGAGAAAGACCACACCAGGAGGCUGGGCUACAGAGAAGACUUUAAUGAAGUCAAAGGACAUGAAUUUUUCUCAUCUAUUAACUGGGAUGACCUUGAACAGAAACAGCUUCCUCCUCCAUACAACCCUAGUGUGGAAUCUCAGUAUGAUAUCUCAAACUUUGAUCCUGAGUUCACAGCGGAAACUGUGCCAAACUCUGUGUGCUUCUCUUCAGAGCAGUCAGUCGUCAAUGCUAGUGUUAUGGAAGCUGAUGAUGCCUUCGUGGGAUUUUCUUAUGCUCCGCCAUCAGAAGAUUCUUUCCUGUAAGGGUGGCGCUGCUAAUAGAGAUCCACAGAGAGCUGAAUGAAAUGUCUGUGAUUGCUCUCUCUGAUGAAAGGGAAGAAUUUGUUUGAUGAGCACAACAUCAUGAACAGUGGAUGGACCUUUGUGUUUCCUAACAAAAGUUGUGGGGUGCAGGGUGUUUCAGACUUAAUUUUUAUGCAUAAACAACAUUAUAUUUUGUGUAACAUUGAACACCUUCUCGGAGAGUUUAGCUCAGGAGCUGAAGUAUUGAUGUGUUGUUUUUGGGGGGGUUUUGUAAGAAUUAUUUUCAAGGGCUGAUGAUAUUUGGCUGGUGACACAUUCCUUGUUUUGCCCCAACCUUUACACUUGAUUGCUUAAAUACUGUCCAGUACUAUAUGACCAAUUAUGUUCUUGUAGUUUAAUCUCUCAUCAGAAAUUUGCUAUGGAAAAAAUGUUCAUAUAAUGUCAACGCAAGCAAUUAAAACAUUGCUGAUUGACAAAUUAAUAUAUAUUUUUCAUUUAUACUGUUUAAUAUGUAUGUGAGUUAGAAAAUAGGUAGUCAGCUUUUUUAAAAUCAUAAUGAAUUUGAUAAACCCUGUAAAGUUUUGGGUCAUCAACAGCCAUAUCACAGUGUGAACUGAACAUUUGUGGCUAUUUUCAUGUUAGAUUUGAAGUUGAAUUAAUAACACUUAAAUCCUGACAGUGACCUUGUAAUACACAUUCCCACCCUUUGAUUAUGAGAUGAGACACCACAGUGCCUGCUGACUUAUGAUACUGUACUGUACAAGUAAACAUUCUUGAAUUA